AUGAGCAGUAAACCGGCCGCCGCCGACGGAUCGCGGCGCGGGAGCCGCGCCAAGCCAAAAUCCCCCAAGCCGCCCAUCACCCUCUCGAGCCCAAACACCAUAGCCGCCGCUGUCACGAAAAAGCGAUACUCCAAGACGAAGCUGGGAUGCAAGACGUGCAAAGUCCGCAAGAUUCGCUGCGACGAAACAUCCCCAGUCUGCAACAACUGCAUCAAGUCCGGCCGCCGGUGUGACGGCGUCGCCGAACCCGCCAACAAGGACGGCGGCCUCACCUUCACCGCGCCCCUCACCCUCACCCACUUCCGCCCGACCCAGACCGGCUGGUUGACGCCCCGCGAGGUCGCGCACCUCGACCUCUUCCGCCACGAGCUCGUCUAUAGCAUCGUCGGCCACGUCGGCACCCCGGCCUGGCGUCGCCUCAUCCUCCAGGCAGUCCACGAGGAGGUGGCCCUGUGCCACGCCGUCGUCGCCUUUACGGCGCUUAGUACGUCCGGCGAUGCCGGCUGCGACGCCGGACUGGCAACGACAUCGUCCGUGGCUGCGCAGUCGCCGCCGCAGAACGCCUCUCGGGAAAAUGAGUUUGCCCUCCGACACUACGGGAAAGCCCUCGAGGCCAUGCGCCACGUCUUUCGCCACGACGACAAGCGUUCCAUCAACACAGCUCUUCUCUGCACCCUGCUGUGCAUCUGCUUCGAGUUGCGAAUACGAGAACCAGCCACCGCUUUGACACACCUUGAACACGGACUACAAGUGGUUAAUUCAAAUCUACAUACUGUCGAUGAGGCCAUCACAACCGCAUUCGCCCGUCUCGAUCUCCAAGCCGCCAUCUUCCUCGGUAUCCGCCCUCCUGCGCUCGAUCCGUCCCGUGUAGCCUCGCGCAUAUUUGUCUUCGACUCCGUCUACCAAGAAGCCGACAACGCCCUGGCCGGUCUCACCAACCGCGUGUGGACCUUCAUCCGCACCGUCGCCGACGAUUACCGCUACGAAGACCCUCCGCAGCAGGCCGUACCCGACGCUGUCGCUGCUCGCGCGCGCGACAUCCAGCAUAGCCUCGCCGGCUUCCGCAUGCACUAUCUCACAGCCGGCAGCGGCAGCAAGCUGGACAAGAUGCUGCCCGAGCAGGUCAGCUUGCUGCGCAUUAAGUACCUAACCUGCGUCAUCGUCAUGAGCGGCUGCCUCGCGCGCGAGGAGACGGCGGCCUACGACGCGCACGCCGCCGACUUUGUCGCCGUAGUGGAUCUCGCAGCGGACAUCCGCGCGCGGCAGCAGCAGCUCAUCCCGAGCCAUGCCACCGGCGGCACAGGCAGCUUCCAGCUCGAUAUGGCCGUCAUACAACCGCUGUACCUCACGGCGACCAAGUGCCGAUGUCCGGUGACGCGGCGGCGCGCGGUGCGGGCGCUGCGCGCGGGGCCCGACUUUGAGGGCGCGUGGGAGGCCGCUGUCAACGCGCGCAUCGCCGAGCGUGUGAUCCAGAUGGAGGAGGAGGGCCUCGCGUUUGACCUGGAGAGCCUUAGGGACGGUGAGCUGGUGGAUGUGCCGGAGAGCGUGCGCGUGCACGCCGUGGACAUUUGUGCGGAGCCGGCGCAGGGCCGCGCGACGGUCUACUUUAGUCGUCGGCCAAACGGGCCGGGCACGGAAUGGGAGGACUUGCAGGAGGAGAUAACUUGGUAG